AUGGAGCGCGUCCUCACCAUACCGGAGAUAUUGCUUUGUAUAUUCGUAAAUCUAGAUCCUGAUUCGAAUGCGCGCAACGCGCGUGUCUGUAAGCAGUGGUGUCAACCUGCGCUCGAUGAAACCUGGCGAGAUGUUGGACCGGAGGUUUUCCGCUCGUUGGCUCCGACAGAUGUGGAGCAAUUAUCCUCAAACAUUAUCGAUUUCAUUCAUCCACCGACUGUACAGGAUUGGAGACGCUUUCUUACGAGCACCAGCCGGGUACGGACUUGGCAGGACUCCUCCUGGCGCUUAUCGUGGCGACUGUCGAAGAAGGCAGCGCAGGACAUAUCGGCCACUCGUACGACCUUGUCCAUCUUUCCUAAUUUGCGGAGUCUAUCUCUUGGUUCAACGGAGCUCGAAUUGUUUCUCAUGACCGACUCCGUUCGAAGGUUGGACCUGAUGCUGGAUCCAGACUUGAAGGUGUUUCCCUCGCCGCAUAUCCCCUCGACUCUGGACAGUAUUCGGGAACGACUUAUUCAUCUCGAAUACCUCAACAUCUGCCUCGAAAACGAAAGCAUCCGGAUCCCAGACGAAUGUCUUAUCGCACUUCUCAAGAGUCUCUCCAGACUAAACUAUCUCUCCCUUCCAAUCCUGUGCCUCAACCUCCCCAUCAUAGUAGCACUCUCGGGACACCCACAUCUGCAGGCCAUCAACUGCGACUUGGAACCGCCUUUCGUGCUCCACACUCAUCAAGUCAGCUCUCGCCCGACACUUUGUUCAGACGAACAUUUGGACGUGGGAGCGUUUCCAUCCCUCAAAAUUAUACAGUUCUCUAUUGGCAAAAUCAUGCAUGCUACGAGCUUUCUUACCAUGCCGCAUUUUCCUCUAAGGAACCUCGCAUCCCUCUGGAUCCACAUACGAUCAGCUCCCUCCUCUAAAUCGGUAGAAAUAUUCCUUGAAGACCUUUUACCGACUUCCCCGCUUCUGGAAGAGCUAUCCCUCGCUUUCCACCGGAUCAAUUACAGCGUUUCAAGAAACAACUUCGACACCAUCCCACAUCUUCAUAUCCGUCAUCUCUUUCCCUUCUUACGCUUUCCUCGACUCAACUCCUUCACAGUAACACAUCCAUAUCCCAUCCAAAUGACGGAUGCUGACGUCAUCAAGAUCGCGACCAACUCUCCUCUAUUAGAGGUGCUUAGUCUAAACCCGAUCCCCAUCGUUACUGCGCCGACCACGCUUACCUUAGGCUCGCUUCUGCCUCUGGCGUUGCACUGUCCGUCCCUCGGGAAGGUCGGCCUUUAUCUCGAUGCAUCUAUCUCUAUCCCAUUGCCCGCCAUCAAUCGUCUCAACACAUCGUCUAUGGAGUUGUCUCUCGGCCGGUCGCCCCUCUCCACUACCGUUGACGCAGCGGUUACGACUUACCCUUCCAUUGCCGAAUAUCUCGCGUCGUUCCUCUCUCACUCUUCCACAUGGACAUGGCCGGAUGCUGAACGGUAUACUGCUAAAGUAGAAAAACCAGAGGAAUGGCUUCCGGCUUUUGCGACGGACUAUCAUGACUGGGAGGAGUAUGAACGUGGGUGGAAGGUUAUCGAGGCGAUGACACAUCUGAUCCUCAAAGAUCGGGUAUUAAUGAAGGACAUUAAUGACGCCAUGAUACCUGGCUCGUGCGCAGGCCCGAGUGGUGAGGAAAACAUAGACGCGGGAUCAGACCGUACUGGAGAGGCUGCCAUGAUGGUGCUUGAGGAGAAUGAUCGACUGAGAAAGCAGUUGUUAGAGCUGCAGUCGAAGUAUGAUAUUCUCGUGCAAAAGCAGGAUCCUGAUGCGUGA